AGGCUAGCGCCGCUGUUGACGCCCAGAGGCUGAGCCACAGCGGCAGGCUUUAAACUACAAGUGCUUGUGAAGCCAUCGAACAUCCAACAGAUGAUCUUCGCCAAAGUCAGACAAUAACGACUCACUGUCUUGUUGGAAAGUAAGAUCAACGAGGAGGAUUUUUUGUGUGCUUCGUUUGCUGAAACUUUGUCCGGACCAACAGCCUCUCAGCGGACCACACCCUCCCUGCUUCCUCAUAGUAAUGCAGCGGGAGCGCGCAGGAUUACUUUGGAUCUCUGGGAAUAACACCGAACUUCCUUUUCGCAUUUUUACGAUGUUGUGGUUCUAGAACAGGUCAUCUAUGGACUGAAAUAGCACCGAGUAGCAUGGACAGCAGCAAGUCCCUGCAGAGGAAAUGUGGGGCUGCACCGGGUCCAGGCUCAAACUGGAAGGAGCGCAGAGUAACUGACGGAUGAUGCCGAAGCAUCCGGAGCAGCCGAUAGCUUCGAACCCAGGGCUCAGUUUGAGAAGGAAGAGGUUAAAAACAGACUGAAAGAGUUUUUUUUAUUGCUGUUGUUUGUUGCCCUCUUCUCGUUGGAACUGCUAAAACAAUGGUGCUGGAGAGCGAGCCCAAAGUCCCCGCUGUCCUGAAGAGCCGCACGGAGGGAGCCCGGAUCGGAACCAGCAUGAACAGGUCACUCUCUCUGUGGACAAGUUUGCGAUCCAGUUACAAGCCUCAUGUUGGAGCAAAAUGCUUGUAACUUAGAAACACUGCAAAAGACUGUUAGCUAAUGUUGAGCUGUGCUUUGUGAGAGUUCUGUAGCUAAAGGAGAGGAGAAAACAUGUGGAACUGCAGUGUGUGUGUUCUGGAGAUCGGGAGGAAACUGUGUGAUUUUUAUUCCACCAGAACCUGCGACUACACUUCUGAUAAUAACAGAUAGUUUUGUUUGGGGCAUUUAAUUAGAAGCAAGUUUCAAGUUAAGUGUGUAGAAUCUGUUUCACCGAGAAGUGCUAGAGACCCUGUUCUGUUAAUACACUUGUUAUUAUCAUUAUUUUACAAUCAAUAUCCCAGGCACUCAGCUGGGAAUAAGCCACAUCGAAUGAAAAGGUUUGAUCCUAAAUCAUCUUAAUAUCCAGUGCAGUAAUUGCGUAGAUGUUUUUACACUCAGCUCACAGUCCUGAGGAGAAAACUUUAUCUACAAAUGCUGAGCUGUACAUGAAGGAACUUCAAGGAAGACUGUUUGACAAGUUUGUAAAAAAAAAAAAAAAACAAAGAAAAUAAAAGAGCAUUUAACCUGAAAAAUGCAGCAGUAGAAAGCUUGAAAUAAGCAAAGCUUUCACCUUCAUCAUUAUGGCUAGCAGCGGCUCUGGCAGAUCCACUUGUGAGGGAUCAAGCAGCCCACUGAGUGGCAGUGUGCAGCAGAGGAAGCGGCUCUCCUUCAUCUGUGAUGCAUGUAAGGCCAAAGUGCAGAUGGUGGCUGACCUGCUGUUGCUGUCCAGUGAGACCCGGCCGGUCCUGACCUGUGAAGGUGUUGCACUGGCUGACACCUUUGACCAGUGCCGUGACACAGUCAUUGCCAGAACUAAAGAGCUCUCCAUUCUCACCCACGACAUCCAGUGCCAGCUUAACAUGGGUCGCUUUACAGAGGUGGGGGACCGCCUCCUGGAGAUGGCCGACUUGGUGGUUUCUCUGACUGAGUGCUCGACACAUGCUGCCUACUUGGCAGCUGUGGAGAACCCUGGCUCACAGCCCUGUCUGCCGGGUUUAGUUGAUCGCUACAAGGUGACACGCUGCCGACAUGAGGUGGAACAGAGUUGCAGCAUCCUCCGAGUUUCUCCCCUGGCAGAUCUCACCCCUCAGGUUCUUCUUGAGCUUUCCCAAAACAUCUCCACCAAUCUCAAGACUCUGACGGAUAUCUCAUUGCUAGCCAGUGAGAGAUCCAGGGACCGCUUUGCUAAAGAGCAGUUCAAGUUGAGUGUGAAGAGCAUAAGCACAAGUGGCACUGCCUUCCUGGCCUGCAUUAAAGAAGUUAAGACCCAGCCCAGUGAGCUGACCAGAAAUCGAUGCAUCUUUUUUAGUGCUGCUCUGGUCCAGGCGGUCAGCGCCUUGGUUGGGUUUGCCACAGAGCCUCAGUUCCUGGGAAGAGCUGCAAGUGUCUCAGCCGAAGGAAAGGGGGUACAAACUGCAGUGUUGGGGGGGGCCAUGAGUGUGGUCUCAGCCUGCGUCCUCCUCACUCAGGGCCUGCGAGACGUCGCUCAGCAUCUUGAGAGCAGCUCCAAAAUGGCAGACUACCGAGAGCGUCUGCGUAACUCAGCAUGUGCCGUGUCUGACGGCUGCACUCUGCUCACUCAAGCACUAAGAGAACGAUCUUCUCCCAGGGCUCUGCCGCCAGUAAACUCUCAUUCUGUGAAUUAGUUCAGGUAAUGGCUGCUUGCCCUCUCGCCUCCUUUUUGUUUUGUGACCCAGCAAAGAGGCUCACCUGGAUCACCCCUGUUCCAAUGUUUCCACCAUCGGAUUUGGAGCAGCCUUAUCGGGGUGUGUUUGCAUGUGUAGGUGAGAUUGGUGGGUGGCUCAAGUGUGUUUGAGUGUACCAAGUCACUGAAACAACCACUACAGGGUUUGUGCUGUGCUGGAUGUGGCUUGAACCUUGUCAACGUGACCUCCGUGAUCCAGGGUCAGCUGACCGCUCACCCCCAGCCAACGGACCGCAGCUUCAGACUGGAAAUUUUACCUCAGUGAAGACAAAAGCUGGAGUGAUGGAUGUAGCCUCACUCGCUUCUGGACAUAUUUGGCUAUAUGUUCUGCAUCAGAUUGGAGGAAAUGUUUCAGUGCUUGUAUUUUUUUAAACAAGUGUGAAUCUAAAAUUGUCAAAAAGCUGCUGUGAGUGUGUGCUGUAGGUUUUACACUAUUUACCAGACUUCCUAUAGUAUUUUGAAGUGUUUUGACCUUGCAUGUAAUGGAGUAUUUAUUUCAGCUAAUAAAACAGUUGUUUUUGACAACCUA